ACGCUGAUCACCACAGGUGCCAUCUGGGAACAGCACCGGGCUGGCAGAUCGUGCUAGCCGGAUGGGUAACGUUUCUACUGCGGUCAAGCACUGCCUGAGCUAUGAGACUUUCUUGCGGGAUUAUCCUUGGUUUCCACGGCUCCUGUGGGAAGAGAAGUGCUCUGAACUGCCUAAGCUUCCACUUUGUGUCAAAAUUGUGGAGGUCGGACCGAGAGAUGGACUUCAGAAUGAGAAGUGUGGCGCUUUGUAUCAGUUACAAGUACAAGUCCAGAUGUGUCCAGAGUACGUUUCCUGUGCUCUCGGCUGUCCAUAUGAGGGACAAGUAAAACCAUCACAAGUCACAAAGGUGGCAAAGCGGUUGUUUGAGCUGGGCUGUUAUGAGGUAUCCCUGGGGGACACCAUUGGCGUAGGCACCGCGGGCUCCAUGGCCGAGAUGCUGAGCGAUGUGUUGACAGAGGUGCCCGUCAGCGCACUGGCGGUGCACUGCCACGACACUUACGGUCAGGCUCUGCCCAACAUACUCAUUGCUCUGCAGAUGGGGGUUUCUGUGGUCGACUCCUCGGUUGCAGGCCUCGGAGGAUGCCCGUAUGCCAAGGGAGCGUCUGGCAAUGUUUCUACUGAGGAUGUUUUAUAUAUGCUACAUGGCCUUGGAAUUGAAACCGGGGUGGACAUGUUGAAAGUGAUGGAAGCGGGAGAAUUCAUCUGCCAAGCCUUAAAUCGAACAACUAACUCCAAGGUCAGCCAAGCUACUAAAAACAUCCAGCCUCUUCAUUCUAAGUGAAAAUACAUACAAUGUGAUCCAAAAGUCUAAAACCACAUUCAUGCGCUGUAAACCUGCUUUCAGACUUUUGGACUCUGCUAAAUGCUUUUACUUUGAUUGCCAUUUUAAGAGCUGCUGAUGCAGUAUUUAAUUAAUAAUAUCUAAAAUAUACUAUAUUGUGCCUAUAACAGGAAACAUGUGCAUUUUACGCCAAAGAAAUGAGCCCAUGCCUUUUGUAAUUUCUGUCAAACAGAAAACACUAAAAAUAGAAAAUGUGACUUGACAUGAGGCUGAUGACCCCCCUAUCUAUGAGAGUAUUUUUUUCCCCUCACUGAUUCAUAUAUCCUGCUUAAAAUAGUUACGAUCAGACUGCAGAGAGCGCAGUGGCAGAGUUCACAGCAGGUUCAGAGCACUAUGUGCUUAUUAUCUUUCCUAUCAUAAACUGUCAUUUCAACAGUAUUAACAAUAAAUCUACAAGACGCAAGUAUUCAGUACAAACAUUUGUUAAAAUGAAUAACUGAAAUAAAGAAUCCUUUCACCAAGUAAUGUAGCCUGAUUGAAUGCAUGCUGUUUUAAGUCACAUUAAUAUAGUCUGUGCAUAUGUGGACACACUUUAUUUUAAGGUCAAAUUUUCACUAUUAAC